AUGAUUCUUCCAUCAAUUCAUUUCGCUGCUAAACAAUGUCACAAUCAGUGGCGCUCAUCAUUAUUUCGUACAAUUGUUGUUAUUCAUAAACGACAAUUAGCAACAUCAGGACAAUCGAAAAAAAAGUCUAAAACACAAGAAAAUGAGAGUCUUGUUCAAUCGACAACAAAUGAUCAAAUUGAAGUCGCGACUUUUAAAGAAAAAGCUCAACAGGCUGCAAAAGAUACAGGUUAUUCUAUGAUUGUUAUCGCUGGUGUUGCAGCAUUAGGUGGUUUAUGUUAUUUAAUGUUACGUGAAUUAUAUUCGAGAGAAACACCAAAUGGAAUUUAUAAAGAAGCAUCGAAAAUGUGCUUAGCUAAUACAGAUGUACAAGAUGCAUUAGGUACACCGAUUAUGGUUCAUACAACACCUCAAAUUGGUUCAAUGCGUAUUAAUAAUGUUCGAGCAAAAAUGUUUGAUGAAAAAGGACAUCGAAGUAUGGCACUUUCUUUUUACUUAACUGGCAAAGAACGAACUGGUGUUGUUGGUGUUAAAGUUCAAAAAAAUAUUUCUAAUAAAUUUGUCUAUGAUUAUAUUCUCGUUCAACUCGAUCGACCAUGGCGUGGUCGAAAUAUAAUUCGAGUUCAUCAAAAUCUCGAUACAUCAAACACAACACCUCAAACAAUCGAUAUUUAA